UCUGCCGUGUCGAACAUGGACUCGCCUGCAGAGGUUGCAAAAAUCGACGAUCGUACCUAAAGUAUAAAGAAUAAUAAAAGUCUCAAGCUCAUCACUACAUGAUACUGUUAACUCACAAGAGUUUUUCGCAAUGGCAACAUACAACGACGCUUUCUCCGUGCCCCUUCACCCUUCCUCGCCACAGUCCAUCUCUCUUAUUGACCUCCUCUUUCCUAGCCUCAACACCACUCUCGUCGCCUUCCAGCAGCUUCUCGCCGGACACUUGAACAGCUGUGCCGGACUGCUUGGCUUAUGUAGGCUUGUCGCGUUCGCAGCAAGGUAUUUUUACCGACACUCGAAAGGGGCUGUGCGAGAAUGCUAUAGUCAGUUGAUACCCCAUUCCAUUGUGACCACUUCUCACACUCGAAGCCUCGACGCUGUACAUCUCCGAAGUUGGUGAAGCACGCGAUAUGCUCGAUGCGUGGACUUCUCGUAACUUUGGAGACUCCACUCGUUCUUUCACGGGUUCUCGUUGGCCAAAGGGAUGACUAUUAUGGCAACGAAUUUGCCACUACCGUUCGGAAGAAGCCUCUACGAUUCUCCAUUUGGGGAGGGCAAGCAUUGGUUUCGGCACCAAG